CCCCUGAUCUGAUGAUGGAGCAGAAAGGUGGCCAUAGGCAAUCUGCAAUGAAAUGUCGUAUCCCCAUCUAGUAAGGGAUUUUCAGAAACGUCUCGUAGAGCAGUAGAUGACUGUCGAAAGAAAAGUACAGUCGGCGAUGAAGCUUGUGCCAAAAAUGAAAUUUUUGUGAAGAAGCCUAUUACAGAAUAUACUACAAUUUUGUACUAUAAUGAGAUCAAAACAAUAACAAAUGUGUUAAUCUGAAUACGAUUCCAUAUCGUACUUAACCGAGACAUUGUUAUCCGGUUCCGCUGUGGCAAACCGUCAUUUUGUCACAUUUUAUAGCAAUUACUUCAUUUUAUUAUUGUAUCUCUAGUGGUGACAUUGCUAACAGAAAUAGUCCAGUGAGGUUAAAAGAAUCGCUAUUAUAUUUGAAAAUUACAUCACAACCUGUUCCUAAGGAUAUUUUAGAUUUUUUUAAACAGCAAAUUAGCAGUAUGGAUCUUGAAGGGAAAAGUAUAUCUAAAAAAAUAAGGAAUCCCUUUGAAACUUUGUUGAAAAUGAGACGAGAAACGCCAGAGUUCAGAAGAUGCUGUUUCUGUAUACCGCUUAGAAGGGGCCUGAUCACUUGGGGGUAUUUGAGAGCGGCUCUCGAUUUGCUGGCGAUGAGUUUGGUGAUAUACAUUUUAACUGCUAUAAGUAUUCUGCACGGGUUACUGAUAACGGAAAUCGUUGUUUUGAUCAUUGACGUGGUGUUCAAUAUAAUGCUGAUCGUGGGCGGUCAUCUGAAAUCAAUAAAACUGCUAAAAGUAAAUUACUACUUCAGCCUUGCCUGGCUCGGGCUUCUAGUGCUCGGCUUCUGUUGGCAAAUCUACUCCGAGAUCAGACUGACCUUGAUCCUAAUAUCGUACGGGAUGGAGUACGGAAGUGUGGUGGGCAUAGCAUUACCCGGGUUGAGCGUUGGUUUCGUACAAAUAUGUCUUCAGAUAUACCUGAUACUUUUAAUACGCAGUGAAAUAAUUAAGCUGCAGGAACAGAAUUUGGAAAUGCAGUUUUCUAACCCUGCGGUCGCCGAAGCUCAAUGCACAAUGCACAUUGCUGCCUAAUGACAUCUCGUUCAACCCUUUUACUGCUGAGCUGUACGCUUGGCAAAUGAUAACGUAUGCAUGCGUAAAGCUGCUGAAAUAGGUGGAUUGUCUAUGGAUAAAUAAUUAUUAUAAGAUUAUUUGUGUACAGAUAUUUCAAUAAAAUAUUAAAUGAAACCAGAAAAA